AUGGGCUUCUCAUAUCUGUCCACAGGAGAGCAUGCUGCCUCUGUCCACGUGCAGAUGCUGUGUAACGGCUUCCCCCACCAGGGAAUUGCACCACAGAUCAUGAAAUCAUUUUCCGUGAAGACCCUGCUGGAGAAAUACACCACGGAGCCCAUUGACGAUUCGUCGGAGGAGUUCAUCAACUUCGCUGCCAUUCUAGAGCAGAUCCUGAGCCACCGCUUCAAAGGUCCCGUCAGUUGGUUCAGCUCCGAUGGGCAGCGCGGCUUCUGGGAUUACAUCCGCCUGGCCUGCAGCAAGGUCCCCAACAACUGCGUCAGCAGCAUUGAGAACAUGGAGAACAUCAGCACGUCUAGGGCCAAGGGCCGGGCCUGGAUCCGCGUGGCGCUGAUGGAGAAACGCAUGUCGGAAUACAUCACCACGGCCCUGAGGGACACCAGAACCACCAGAAGGUUUUACGACGACGGGGCUAUCAUGCUGCGAGAGGAGUCCACUGUGCUCACUGGGAUGCUGAUCGGCCUCAGCGCCAUUGACUUCAG